GGUAGGGUCGCCUGUGCCGAAAAGUCAAAAUAGAGGACAGACCACCGGUCCUCCAGGUUUGGGGUCCAGCUCAGGGCUAACAACCCUGACUGGUAAAACAAAAUCGAUACGGAAACAGCAAUGAAGAAUUCUUCUACAUCUGAGUGCGACGGCAUUCCUGAGUUUCCAACCGGGACUUGCAUGACUGACAGUAGUGAAAACCGAGAGGAAGCUACUGAGAAGACGAAGGAAGCCCUGAACACCGCCAGAAAUGGAGGACCUUCAUUGCUGUCCUAAACGUCAGUGGCGUAACAAGCAGUUGGACUUCCCGCCCCAGUUCCCAUUCAUUGGGAUGGCGGUCCCGGGACCAGCGGGUUCACGAAAGUGGCUCCAAUGCUGCUGCUGGCUGUCAGCCUGCGUUGUCUACACUGCCUGUUCUGCGUUUUUCGAGUUCUUCAGUAGGGUCUUCAUCAGCCAGUACCGCUUCACCUUCCCCGCCUUCAUUGUCCUCUGUCAGGCACUACUGACCAUUGUAAUACUGCAGUUAUUAAAACGAGCCAAGCUGCUGAAGAUUGAACCCUAUUUACUGGAGCGUGGUGAGAUUUUCUUGCUGCCUUCCAUUUGUUUCAGUUUUCAUUCCAUCUUAAUUAUGUGGGCUGUGACUGCCUCCUACUCUACUGUCUUCAUGUUCAUCAGGCAGUUCACCCCAAUGGCUAGCUUAGCCCUGAUGCAAACAUUCAACCUGAAGAAGAGAGCCUCUUCCAGCAUUGGUCACCUGGUGUUGAUGGUUACUUUGUGCUCAGUUCUUGCAGGUGCUCGCAGGUUCAACGAUGAAGCCAUUGUCUACAUCUAUGGGUUGCUGAACCUCAUGCUCGAGAGUAUGUAUCUCAUUUUGCUCCAAAAGAUUUGUGAAGACCAAAAUACUUCAGUGAUGGAUGUCCACUACACCUGUACCAUUAACAGCUGCCCACUACUGUUUGUCUACUGCCUCCUCCAUCCAGGCACGCAACAGAUCUACAUGUCAGGAAGUUGGACUAGUCUGAUCUUCCUGGGCUUCUUUUCCUUGGUGCUUAUUCUGGGCUGUUUGCUAAAGCUUCUCAUUUGUCUGUGUACCUUGCUGAGCUCAGCUCUGAUGGUGAGCAUGAUGGAGGUUGGAAAGACAGACGCACUGACUCUAAGGAGCAUCAUUGCUAAUAAAUGGACCUUCUCAUUGCCACAACUCACUAGUCUUCUCGUCAGUGCUAGUGGGAUAGGCAUCUUUUUAUAUAAAGUUAGCAGAGAAACAAACAUAUCAACAAGGAAAGGGGCACUGGGAAUCCAACGCUGAAAAGUGUCUUAAGUAUUGGAACUUAUGGGAGCCAAUGUAGCCUUGCAGUUAGCAUGACACCUUUAGUUCAGAGAAUCAAAGUUCAAUUACGGUGCUAUCUGUAAGGAGUUUGUACGUUCUUCCCAUGACAGUGUGGGUUUCCUCCCACAGACCAAAGAUGUUGGUUAAUUGGUCAUUGUAAAUUGUCCUGUGAUUAGCCUAGGAUUAAAUAGGUGGGUUGUUGAGAGAUGCAAUUUAUUGGGCUGAAGGCCCUGUUCCAUGCUGUAGUGGGUGCCAUGCUAGUGUACCAGUUAGCAUGAUGCUAUUACAACUUGGGGCAUUCCAGAGUUUGGAGUUCAAUUCCAACAUCCUCCCCAUGGUUUGCAUGGGUUUCCUCCCACAGUCCAAAGACAUACCGCGUGGGCUAAAUGGCUGAUGUAAAUUGUCCUGUGAUUAGGCAUUAUAAUAAACACUGGAGUAGAAUGCAGAGAAACUGCUGAAUAAACUAUAUAGUGCCCUAAUCUACAAUCAUCCUGAGGACUGUUCAUUUCUAAUCACAUACAGAUAGGUUUGUUAAACCAUGAAUCAUUUGCAUCAGAGGGUUUUUCAUUCUAUCAUGCCUGUGCCAGCUGAAAAGAAUUGUCCCGAUGCAGGGUCUCAAACCAAAAUGUUGAUCAUCCAUUUACCUCCACAAAUGCUGCUUGACCCACUGAGUUCUUCAAAGUUUGUUUCUAGCUCCAGAUUCCAGCAUCUGCAGUAUCUCAUGUCCCCCAGAAUAGUUCCGUAUCUGAACAGCACUUGGCAGUUUAUGGUUCGUGAUCUUAAAAAGUUGUAGAAUUUCAAAUGCUGCCCAGGCAUUUAAGCUUUGAUUUUUGAAAGUGUUUGCUAGAUCGCUGUGGCUAGAAGGGCCUACUCUGUGUUGUAUCACUAAAUUAUUAAAAAAAAUCUGAGUAUAUUACUCUUUGCCUCUCAAGCAUGACAACUCAAUGCUGCAUCACUAUACUAACAAUAAGAACACUUGCAAAUACAGGUCACAGUAGUAAAUGUAAAAAAUAUUCAACUUAAAAGGCCAUCAUUUUUGUAGACUGGCUCUUGUGAUCUACUGCUCUCCUGAGAUCAUAUGAUAUCUGAUAGGAUGACAGCAAUGGCUGGAGUUUUUGGGAGCAAUUCAGGAGGUGCAUGACAGAUACAUACCAAAGUUGAGGUAGAAUUCUAAAGAGGGGAUGAGGCAAACGUGGUUAACAAGGGAAGUCAAAGACAGCAUAAAACAUAGCAAAAAUUAGUGUGUAGGUAGAGGAUUGGAAAGCUGUUAGAAAUCAACACAAGGCAACUCAAAGCAUAAAGAGAUAGGAUACAAAGGUAAACAACCCAAUAAUAUAAAAGAAUAAAAAAUAAGUUUUCAAUAUAUAAAAAGAGUAAAAAAGGAUGAGAGUGGAUUUUCGACCACUGGAAAGUUGAGAGAGGCAGCAAUGGGGGACAAACUUACUAAGUAUUUCGUAGUAGUCUUCACUGUGGAAAGCACUAGCAAAAUGCCAGAAACAUGAGAGAGUGUCAGGGGGCAGGUGAAUGUUGUUGCUAUUAAUGAGGAGCAGCAGCCUGGGACACAGAAAAAUCUGAAGUUAGAUAAGUUACCUGAACCAGCUGGACAACACUCCAGGGUUCUGGAAGAGAUAGCUGAAGAAAAGAUUGUGGAGGCAUUAAUAAUGAUCUUUCAAGAAUCACUAGAUCCUGUAAUGGUUCCAGGGACUGGAAAACUACAAAUGUCACUCCACUCUUUAAGAAUGAAGGGAAAUAGAAUAAGGGAAGUUACAGGUCAGUUAGCCUGACACUAGUGGUUAGAAAGAUGUUGGGAGUCUGCUAUUAAGGAUGAAAUUCCAGGGUACUUGGAGGCACAUGAUAAAUUAGGCCAGUCAACAUGGUUUCUUUAAUGGGAAAUCAUGACUGACAAGUCUGUUUAAGGAAUGACAGGCAGGAUAGACAAAGGAGAGUCAGUCGAUGUUGUUUAUUUGGAUUCUCAGAAAGCCUUUGACAAGGUGUUGCACAUGAGUCUGCUUAAUAAGAUAACAACCCAUGGUGCUUUUGGAAAGAAACUUGCAUGAAGAUUGGUUGACUGCCAGGAGGCAAAGAGUAGGAAUAAAGAGGGCCUUUUCUGGUUGGCCGCCAGUAACUAGUGGUUUGCUGCAGUUGUCAGUGUUGGGAUACCUUCUUUUCACAUGUCAAUGAUUUGGAUAUAGAAAUGGCUUUGUGGCUAAAUUUGUGGACAAUAUUUAGAUAGGUGGAAGAGCAGAUAAUGUUGAGGAAGCAGUGUGUCUGCAGAAGGACUUGGAUUGGGAGAAUGGGCAUAGAGGUGACACAUGAAAUAGGAUGUAGGGAAGUGCAUGGACAUGCACUUUGGUAGAAGGAAUAAAGGCAUGGACUAUUUUCUAAAUGGGGAGAGAAUUCAAAAAUCAGUAGUGCAAAAGAACUUGGAAGUCCUUCUGCAGGAUUCCCUAAAGCAGGCAUGGGCAAACUAAGGCCUGGGGGCCAUAUGCGGCCUGUUAAGCUUUUUAAUCCGGCCCGCAGAACUUGAUGAAAUUAUAUUAAUAAACCUUGUUAACGUUUUUUCCCCGCAAUUCUGGCGUUUUCCCAAUAGAUGAUGCACUCUAUAUACAUUGACCUUUGUUGAGGUGCAGCGUAUUACUCCACAUUUGCGCUUUACUCUUUGUUCGGCUCGACCGAUUUGUGUGAAUAGGCGUUCAGCGUCAUGAACAUCAACAAAGCCAGCCACAGAUCCAAGUUAACUGACCAACACCUCAGAUCCAUCCUGAGAAUCGCCACAACAAAACUAAAUCCAGACUUUGAUGCGCUGGCUAAAAAGGGAGACCAACAACAGUGUUCCCACUGAAAUUAAAAAUAAGUUUCUUCGUUGUGUUAUGUAAAAAAUGCAUUUGAAAAUAUUUUUUUCAAUAAGCCUUACAUGUUACAUGUCAUUUCUGUUAAGUGAUGGACAUGAGUAGUGCGCAGGUGCACGUAUGUUCUCAAAAUAAAAAAUGCGCUCCAGAUCAAAUAACGCGCUCCGCAUACUGGCGUCACUGUUCUGUCCUUGGGCUGGUCGUUGUUGAGUUUUGGCACAGGGGACAAU